AUGUUGUGCGCCGAGGAAGCUGCAAAGGCCGCGACGGCAGCACAAGCCGCGGAGGCCGCAGGCGCGGGGCAGCCGCGCGGGUCGCUGAGGCCGAAGAGGCCGCAGAGGCCGUGGAGCCCGGAAGCCGUGGAGGCCGCGGAAGCCGCGCAAGCCGUGGCGGCCGCCGCGGAGAAUGGAGACCGCGCAAGCCGUGGAAGCCGGCAGCCGCGCAAGUCACGGACGCGGAGGCUGCCGAGGCCACGUAGGCUGCGGAGGGCGCGCAGGCCGGAGGGCGCGCAGGCCGCGGAGGGCGCGCAGGCCGCGGAGGGCGCGCAGGCCGCGGAGGCCGCGGAGAUCGCGCAGGCCGCGCAGGCCGCGGAGGUCGCGCAGGCCGCGGAAGCCGCGGAGGCCGCGCAGGCCGCGCAGGCCGUGGAAGUCGUGGAGGCCGCGGAGGUUGUGGAGGUCGCGGACGCCGCGCAGGCCGCGGAGGCCGCGCAGGCCGCAGAGGUUGCACAUGGCCGCGCAUGGCCGCGCAGCCCGCGCAAGCCGCGGGCGCGCAGGCUGUGUGAGGCCGCGGAAGCUGCGCAGGGCCACGGAUGGCCAGCCGCCCAGACCGCGCAGGCCGCGCAAGCCGCAAAAGCCGCGCACCCGCUCCGCCUGCAACUGCGCCUAGCGCGCCGCCUAGCUGCCGAGGCCGUGCAAAGCGCGGAGGCGCGAGGCCGCGCAGGCUGCGCGAGCUACGAGGGCCGCGCAGCGCGGAAGCCGCGCAGGCCGCGGAGUGAAGCCGUGGAGGCCGCGCAGGCUGCGGAGGCCGCGCGGGCCGCGGAGGCCGCGCAGGCCGCGCAGGGCGCGGAGGCUGCGCAGUCCGCGCAGGCCGCGCAAGCAGAGGCCAUUGUGGACGCGCAGCAAGCCGCCAGCCCGCGCGAGGCGGAGGCUGUGCGCCGACACAGGGCGCAGCUGGAGCUGGCAGCUCUGCGCCGGGAGGAGGCCCAGCGCCAGAAAUCCCUGGCCGAAGCUGCAGAGCACACGGAACAGCAACUCAGGGCCCGGGAGGAGGCGAAGGCGAGGGAGGCCGUGGAGGCGCAAGAGGAGCGAUGCCACCUGGAGACGCAGGCUGCAGCUUUCUUUUCCGAGCAGAAGGAGGCCGCGGCGGCGCGGCGCCGGCGCCACGAGGCGCACGCCAGGGAGGUCUGGCAACAGGCCGAGGAGCAGCGACGCAGCAGAGAUGUGCAGCGCUAG